AUGCUAGCCCCUCUGAACUGUGUCCUGCUAGUUCCAGCCUUAGGAGACCCGCCUGACGUCCCCGUGGAAGACCCGCCUGAUGUCCCCGUGGAAGACCCGCCUGAUGUCCCUGUGGAAGACCCGCCUGACGUCCCCGUGGAAGACGCGCCUGACGUCCCCGUGGAAGACCCGCCUGACGUCCCCGUGGAAGACCCGCCUGAAGUCCCCGUGGAAGACCCGCCUGACGUCCCCAUGGAGGACCCCUCCUCACCGAGGUGUUCAGUAUCCUGUCGUAGGUGACACCUCACCCUCUGUCCUACUAGGUCCAAAAAGGGGGGGAAAAAAAAGGGCCCCCCCGUUGAUUUGGGGAAACCCCAAAAAAGGGGUUUUUUAAAAAAAGAAGGGAAAAAGUUUUUUACCCCAAAUUUUCCAACCAGAUUUGGGGAGUGGGGGCAGCUCUAAACCCCGGGGGAAUUCUUUUUUUUGUUUUUGGGUUUUUUGGGGGGUUAAAUUUUUCCCUUUUGUUUUUUGAUUAUUUCCCCCCCCCCCCCCCCCCGGGAAAUAUUGGUUUGCUAACAGGGGCUACGGGUUUUUGGGGUGUCCUUUUGAAGUUUUGGUUUGGGGGGGUUUGGGGGACUGUUUGAGGUUGGGAAGGGGUCUGUUUUGAUAAAAAGUUAAACAGGUGCCAUUAAUAAGGAAACGAGUAAAAGGACAGAGGACCUUUUAAAGAAAAGUCGGUCUUGAGAGCCGAAAUCUUGCUUUUGUGGGGUGACCAAAUACUUAUUUUCCCCAAAAAUUUGGGGGCAAAUAAUUCUUUAAAAAAUCCUAAAAAUUGAUUUUCUGGAUUUGUCUGUCAUAUUGACGUUCCCUUUGUAAAAAUUUAAAGGCCUCUCUUCUUUUUAAGGUGGAAAAACAUGCACAAUUGGGUGGCUGACUAAAUCUUUUUUUCCCAAACUGUUUUAAAAACUGCACUGUUUAAAUUAGUAUAUUUACUAAUUUUAAACCCCCAUGUCAACAACUUCCAAGGCCUCGUUGGGGUUUGCCAUGGAACACAAUGUCCUGCACAGGGUAUACCCCCUUUUUAAAACAACCCCCUUUCACGUUAUCUUUUAAAAGCAAUAGUUUAGCUAAGUUUUAAACCCCCUGUUUUCAGACCACCAAUCCUUGUAAAAACCUUGUUUUCAGAGUGGUUUUGGGGAUUUGGUUGGGACAUUUAUUAAACCCCCCCCCUGAACUGAAAAUGGGGGUUUUUCCCGUGUUCUGGUUGGACACCCGUGGGUGUUGAACCCGGCCCAAAAACCGCACCCACGUAUUUAAUGAUCUUUCGAUUCUAUAACCUAGCCAAUUUUUCAGUUCCUUGGGCAAACAUUAUAAAAAGACCCCUAAAAUUCAUCCACCAAGUUUGUAGGUCAGUUUGACUCUUUUUUUCAAAAAGGGGAAAUCGUCCAAAUACUUAUGACUUCUUCAAAGGAGGGCUAGAUACAUAAGUGCUUUCUUUUUUUAAAUGGGGGAACAGAUUGUAUAAAAUAUCCUAAAAUAAAGGGGCAUUCUGAAAUGUCGCUUAAUUUUAAACAUUAUCUCUAAAAUGUAAAAAGGUGGAGUGUAGAGCCAAAUAAAACGUUUAACUUCACUGUACAAAAAAACAUAUGGGGAGUGUAAUCAUUUUUUACAAUUUUAUUUUCCUUCAAACCAGGGUGGGCCCGGGGAGAAAAUGUCUGAGACUUUAAAUCGGCAAUGGUUUUGCUAUCUGUCAACCGCUUAAGGAGGGCCAAAGGGCCAGCUUUUGGGGGGGUAACAUUUAAUUUUUUGAAGAUCACACGAUAAAAAACAAAAAGAAACGUGAAGCCUCGAUACACAACAAAAGGAACAAAAAACCAAAAAACCCAAAUGAAGACAAACAGUUAAAUAGGUUUCCCAAUCGAACACCCAGCUGACACUCGUUCCCCCUGUUGGGGAGUCACCAGACCAAACAUAAAAAAUUAAAACAUGACUUCCCCCCCGGCCAACAUAACUGUCCCCGAGCCGGGGCGGACCCCCCCCCCAAAGGGCGGGGACUCCGGCCCCCCAAAAAACCCCCAAACGGGGGGGGGACCGGGUGGGCACUCCCCUCCCACCCGGGCCCCGCAUGCCCCCAGGCAGGGGUUGUGCUGGACGACACGCACACCCCGGGCUUGAUCGUGGGGAAAAACGGCCGGACGGGUGACAACGCACCCCGAUUGGUGCGGGGGGCAAAGGGCCGGGAGGGGUACGACUCACCCACCCGUUGGGAAGCAGGAAAAGGGGCCGUCCGGACUGACACGCACACCACUGGCUUGGGGGGCGGGAAGCUUGGGGGGCCGGACGGGUGGCGACGCGCACCACAGACUUGGUGCGGGAGCGGGAAAAGGGCCUCCCGGACUGAGACGCACACCACGGGCUUGGUGCGGGAAGUUGGAGGGGCCCGGGACUGGGCGGGCGACGCGCACCACAAUUGGUGGGGGAAGCAGGAGGGCCGUCCCGGGACUAAAGCCCCCCCCACGGCUUGGUGGGGGAGUUUUGGACGGGCCGGCCCGGGCUGGCGACGCGCCCCACGACUUGGUGGGAAGCAGGAAACGGGCCCCCGGGACUGACAGCACACCACGGCUUUGUGGGGGGGUUUGGCGGGCCGGCCCGGCCUGGCGACCGCACCACAGUUUGGGUGCGGGGGAGCGGGAAACGGGCCUGCCGGAGACCGCCCCCACUGGCUUGGUGGGGGGAGCUUGGGGGCCGAACUGGGCGGGCGACCGCACCCAGAUCGGUGGGACAAAGGGAAGGGGCCCGGGCGGGGUGUCACGCACCCGGGUUUGGGGGGGGGCGGAAUAACCGACCGUAGGGGCCCAACCCACUGGCUUACCCCGGGAUCUGGAAGGGGCCGGAUGGACUGGAAAACACACCCAUACCUCUCGCCGUCCCCUCAAACCUUCCACCCCCCUCUUCUACCAGGGGCCCCCGUAACCUGGGGGGCCUCCUCUGAAACCCCCCCUAACCGCCCCAAAAGGCCCCCUCCUCCGGCCCGACGUCUGACCCCCCCCAAAAAUUUUUUCGGGGUCCCCCUCCCCCCCUGGACCAGGCCCCCAUUUCCCCACCUCUCCUCCUCGUCUCCAACCCUCGCACUCAGCCCUCAAGGGGUUGACCCAUCAACGCCCCGGAAUCUAUUAGCGAUGGCUCCGGGCCGCUUUUGGUCUGGUCUUGGUGGUUCUUUUUUGUCCGAUGCUUAAGGGGAGGACCAAGGGCCCCCUUGCGGGUGAACUAUUUUUUUUUAUUGAUAGAUACCAUCAAAAAAAAGAACGAAAAGUGAAGUCCCUUCGAUACACAACCCAAAAAGGGAAAAAGAAACCCCAAAACACAAAGUGCAAGACAAAAAGUUAAAAUGGCUCCAAUCGAACCCCAGCUGCCUCGUUGCCUCUAUUGGGGGGUCACUCAACCAAAAAUGAAAAUAAAAAAUAGACCUUACACACCCUGGCUAAAAAUCUAGUCCCCCGAGCCCGGGGGGGACACUAUCCACUGACGGAAAAGGGAAAAACUGAGGGGGACUUUUUUACGUUUAAUAUUGGCUAAAAAAGGAGUUUUUCAAAUCAAGAUUAUUUUACUAUGCAUUAUGCAGAGUAGUAGCAACAUACUGUAGUGGCAUUGUUUGCUUUAAAAGUGUUAUAUUAAUUUGAUCUCCUCACAGAGGGUUUCGGGCAUGAGGAUGCUGGCAUUGUCUCUCAGGUGAGAUGUGGAUCUUACAACUUAGUGUCCGUUUCAUUCCGCAAUAACUAAUCAUUGUUGUCAUCCAUGUAAAUAUAUUUUUCGGACAGCCUAAAUAUCCUGCAAGUCUUCCAGUUCUGGAGUUUCAAAGUCUUUGGUAGGUCUGGUGAGAAGGAAAGGGAUUGGUCAUUCCUCCCAUUAACUUCCCGAGAACGACAGAGGCCCCUUCCCCAAGAGUAUGGUGCAGGUGAGUGAUUGUAGGUUUAUGUUUGGCAGGAAAAUCUGGUUGGUUCAGGAUUUUGCUCUGUUUUUAAACAUUGUUAAUAUUUACAUUCAGAUCAGGUUCCAACAAUGAUAAAGAUGUGAAGAUCCAGUACAACAUCACUGGUCCUGGAGCAGAUCAACCCCCUGUUGGGACUGUUCACUGUGGACAAAAACUCUGGGGUUCUCUAUGUGACCCAGCCUUUGGACAGAGAGAGACAAGACCAAUAUCCAGUAAAGUUUGUAAACAAUACAAAUAUGUUAAUGUUUGUAAACAAGACAAAUAUAUGGUAAUGUUUGUAAAACAAGACGAAAUUAUAUGGUAAUGUCUGUUUGUGUUUUGUCUUUUGAAUUCUAAACUUUGAAUGCAUGUGUUAUUUUGAUUAAGUUAUUAUAUUUUUUCCCCUUUAGCUUGUGGUUCAUGCUGUUGCAGUUGGUUCGGGUGAAGCAGAAAAUGCCCAUUGAGAUUUAUUUUACAGUAAUUGAUAUGAAUGACAACGAGCCGGUAUUCACCCAAGAUCCUUUUACAGGGAGUGUCCCUGAAGCAUCCCUACCAGGUUUGUCUCAGUCACACAUUUAGUCAGAUAUCAUAAGCUGAGGUUUAGGAUAAAAGUAAUGUAUCAAUAUUCAAUCUUUUUUUUUUCUUGAUGUCAUCCAUGAAAAUAAUGUCUUAUGGUUGAAAUAUUUUAUUCUCAGGCCUUGAGGUCAUGAAGGUAACAGCCACCGAUCCAGAUAAGCGUGGCUCAGCCAAUUCUGAUGUCAGAUACACUAUUAUAAGUCAAGACUCUGAACAGCCGAGUCCCAACAUGCUUGUCAUCAACCCUGUCACAGGCUGGAUUCGGGUCAAUGCUGCUGGACUGGACAGAGAGGUUAGUGGCUAUACUACUAGCAUGCAAUUUUAACUUAACCGCUACAUUUCUCAACAUGCUCCAUCUGGUGUCAUUUUCCAGAAAAUUCCAAAAUAUACCUUGGAAAUCCAAGCUGCUGAUAUGGAGGGAAAUGGUCUGACAUCUUUCGGAAAAUCCAUAAUUACGGUAACGGACGUCAAUGACAUAGCUCCUCAAUUGUGAUGUCUUCGGUAAGUGCACAAUCAGCAAACAGUCCUGAUCAUUAAACAGUAAAGGUGACUUAAAGAGGGAAAUAUUUUGAUUGAAGGAUCUGACUUGAGGAAAAUAUGAUGAACUUGAUAAAUGGCAUACAACACAUCUUCUCACCUGUUCUCAAAAUGUAUUUUCUUUUCAGAACACGGUGUCUGUCCCAGAGAAUAAAGUGAAUGCUCUGGUGGUAAAAAUGCCAGUGAGUGAUGGAGAUGAGCCACACUCUUCCAGCUGGGCCACAGUGUACAGGAUUGUAGAUGGAGACCCAGGUGGAUUGUUCACUGUUAACACCGGGCCUAACAGACUGGAAGGAAUCAUUACUACAGCCAAGGUACCUGCUUGGUUUUUUAUUUCUUUUUUCAGAUGAGUAUGUGAAUGGAACUGAGUUACAGCAAAUAUGUAUUUGACCGAGGUCUGAAUUUCAUCGUAGAAGCCAAACCAUACAAAUAUUUGACAAAAUUGUUGAUGUUUUUGUCAUUGUGUCAUGAACCUAGCUGUAUCUCGUUCCCGUUUAGCCCCUUGACUUUGAGAAGAACAAUCGCUACACCCUGUUGGUGACUGUGGAGAAUGAGGUCCCAUUUGCCAUCCGCCUGCCCACCUCCACUGCCACAGUCCAGGUGAAUGUGGAGGAUCUGAAUGAUGCCCCUGUCUUUGACCCAGUGGAAAAGGUUGUUUCCAUAUCUGAACACCUGCCAGUGACAGUGACUUGGUUCUGUAUACAGCUAUUGAUCCAGACAUCAUGGCACAUAAACUCAUGUGAGUUCAUGAAUCUUUCUUUUAUCUGCAAUUGAUUAAAUUGAGUUGAGGCCCUGGUAUAUAGAUGAGAGAGAUACAUUAUGCAGAUAAGUCAAUUCAAAUUAUAUAACAAGCACUUUAUGAUGAAGUACAAUCAGAUGCAUAUGCAUUAAGAUUUCAAGAAGCCUUGUGAAUGGCGAUGUUUUAACUCAAUAUACUGUAUGUUCUAGGUAUCGCAUGUACAGAGAUCCUGCUAAAUGGCUGGACAUCAACAGCGAGACUGGAAUGAUCAAAAACCAAAACACCCUCUGGACAGAGAAUCUCCCUUUGUCAAGAUGGCAAAUACAGAGUUCUCAUUCUCGCAAUCGAAAGUGGGUAUUUUGAUUUCAUUGUAAUAUCGUUCACCAGCAGGCUUCAGCCUGGGAACAAGGUUGAUUUAGUUGUGACUUCUUCAUUACUCCUUUUGAUAAAAGUAUCUUGCUUUGGGUUAUCAGAUGAAAUCCCUGCAACUGCAACUGGAACCAUUCUGAUAGAACUGGAAGAUGUAAAACGACAAUGCUCCGACUAUUGAUGACACCCCCGUUGAAGCUCUGCAACCAAGACCCCCGUCUAGUGCGUUUGGCGGUGACAGACAGAGAUGGCCCAGACUUUGCUGAACCCUUCAGUGUAGAACUUCUGAAAGGGUCCAAGAUGUAUUGCACUGCCCAAAUGGACAAAACAGGUGAGAAAUAGGGGGACAUGUAUUUUAAUGGUUUUGCAACCUUUAGUGUCAAAACUGCACUGCAGGAGCACAGUUCAUUGCUUUUCACAUAUUCACUCUGCAUUAGUCUGUUGAAUUUUAUUCAUAAUAUCAACAGACCAAGUAUGUCAUUUUGGUCUGCAUGUUCUUUUGACAACAUCAACAUACUCUUCACAUUCAAGGUUGAAAUAUGUCCCCUUUUUCUCCUGUCCCAGGAACUGUGGUUGAAUUGACAUUCAAGGCCAUGAGGGAGCAGAGAAACUUCUACAUUGAUCUGACGGUCUCUGAUGCUGGCGGGCUGAACCAAGACCAUGUCAUUCACGUCACCAUGAAUGAGGACAGGUGCAUGACCUGGGGGGAUUUCUGUGUUAGACCCUGA